AUGACCACGACAAUUACCAAACCAAAGACUACUAAAACGACCAGCGCUCGUCCUUCUUUUCCUCAGAGAGUCUACAAUGUAUUGAAACUCUGUGAAGAGAAUGAUCAGGAACAUAUCGCAUCAUGGAUGAAUGAUGGGACGGCGUUUAGAGUACAUGAUGUAGUAGAGUUUGAACGUGAAUUGCUUCCCAAGUACUUCAACACUCAGAAGUAUGCUAGCUUUACUCGAACAUUGUGUGCCUAUGGAUUUGACUGUGUCAGAACGGGGAGACAAACUGGUAUUUAUUCCCACCCCAAGUUUAAUCGUAACGACCCCGCGGCUUCGUCUAUGAUCAAGAGAGUGAAGAAAACGAACAAUGCGAAGGCUAAGCUAUCAAAUGGAAGUCACGGCUUACUACUUGCGAGAUGA